UGGCGCCACCAGUGGGCGUGUCCAAUAAUGACUCCGGGAACCCGUCGAGUAAUAUGACUAAAAAGAAGCGGGAGAAUCUGGGCGUCGCUUUAGAGAUCGAUGGGCUGGAGAAGAAGCUGUCACAAUGUCGGAGAGACCUGGAGGUCGUGAACUCCAAGCUGUGUGGGGCGGAGCUGAGCUCAGAGGCCAGGAGGUCUCUGGAGAAGGAGAAAAGCAGCCUGAUGAACAAAGCCUCCAACUAUGAGAAGGAGCUGAAGCUGCUUCGGCGGGAGAACCGCAAGAACACGCUGCUGUCUGUCGCCAUCUUCCUCCUCCUGACCGUCGUCUAUGCCUACUGGGCCGCGUGAGGCUGCGGUUUCUCCCGUCAGCCCUGGCUUCCCCUCAGCUCCGUGAUCACGGCCAAGUAGGGCCUUUGAGCCUCAAGAGGACCAAGGUACAAGGGCUGUUUCUCCCUGACCCAGACAUUGGAGCAGGGCUUCCCAUCAGCCUGGCCCCUCUCGCCUCCCAUUCCCGCUGUGGGGCUUGGGGCUCCAGAAGGACUUCGUGCUGGCUUAGCCCAGGGGAAAGGCAAUAAAGAACCUGUGUGCCGAGGAAA